ACGUCGGCUUCGGCUACAUAAUCACAUAGCGCGUACGUUGCACUCAACACGACGGCUUACGAUUUAAUUGUUUCUAUCGUAAGCUGGUUUAUCUAAAACAUGUCUACCUCACGGACAAUCAUAUAUUUGUUAAGAAAUGACUUGCGUCUUCACGAUAAUGAGGUGUUGCACUGGACCCAGAGAACAGCAGACUAUGUCGUGCCCCUGUACUGUUUUGACCCUCGUCAUCACCUUGGGACAGCCAACUACAACCUACCUUGUACUGGCCCCUUCCGCCUGCGGUUCCUGCUGGACAGCAUCCAAGACGUUAGGGCCAGUCUGUUGUCCAGGGGCAGCAACCUGGUGGUCAGGCGAGGUCGGCCAGAAGAGGUGGUUGGAGACCUCAUUAAACAACUGGGUUCUGUCAGCGCUGUGGCCUUUCAUGAAGAGGUGGCACCAGAAGACCAGAAGGUAGAGAGAGGUGUGAGGGAUGUAUGUUCUCAGAUGAAAGUGAAGGUUUACACCUGUUGGGGGUCAACGUUGUACCAUAGAGACGACCUCCCAUUCAACCACCUAUCCAGGCUACCUGAUGUGUACACCCAGUUCAGGAUGGCUGUGGAGAGCAAGGGUCGGGUAAGGCCAGUACUGCCCACCCCAGGCCAGCUGAAGCCUCUCCCUCCUGGGUCGGGGCUGGACGAAGGGCCCAUCCCCUCCCCAGAGGAGCUGGCCCAGACAGAAGCAGUAAGGGAUCCUCGCUCCGCCUUCCCCUUCAGCGGGGGGGAGAGCCAGGCCCUGGCCCGGCUACAGCACUACUUCUGGGACACUGAUGCUGUUGCCACCUACAAAGAGACUCGUAAUGGCCUGAUAGGACCAGACUAUUCCACCAAGUUUUCUGCUUGGCUGGCUUUGGGCUGUAUCUCUCCCAGGUAUAUUUACCAACAGAUCAAGAAAUAUGAAAGUGAACGAACAGCCAGUCAGAACACUUACUGGGUGAUAUUUGAGCUACUGUGGAGAGACUAUUUCAAGUUUGUGGGAGCAAAGUAUGGAGACAGAAUGUUUGACAUCAAAGGCCUUCAGGACAAGUCCAUCCCAUGGAAGACUGACAUGAAGCUGUUCAAUGCGUGGAAAGAGGGGCGUACCGGCGUGCCGUUCGUUGACGCCAACAUGCGGGAGCUGGCGCUGACUGGGUUUAUGUCCAACAGGGGGCGCCAGAAUGUAGCCAGUUUCCUCACCAAGGACCUGGGACUGGACUGGAGGAUGGGUGCCGAGUGGUUCCAGUACCUGCUGGUGGACCAUGACGUGAGCAGUAACUAUGGCAACUGGCUGUACUCUGCCGGGAUAGGAAAUGACCCACGAGAAAACCGAAAGUUCAACAUGAUCAAACAGGGGCUCGACUAUGACAACAAUGGGGAAUACGUGAGACAGUGGGUUCCUGAGCUCCAGGGGAUCCGAGGGGGAGACGUUCACACGCCCUGGACUCUUAGCUCCUCCUCCCUGUCUCACUCACAGUUAACCCUUGAGGAGACCUACCCCUCCCCCAUCGUGAUGGCGCCAGAAUGGAGUCGCCAUGUCAACAGGAAACUGUCUGGUGCCGGGGCCUCUGCCAGGGGAAGGAAAGGCCCAUCACACACCCCGAAACAGCACAAGGACCGAGGAAUAGACUUCUACUUCUCCAAGAGCAAGAACUUCUAACAGAGUUGACUGACUGCAAAGAUAAAAAUAUGAAUAAAAUGGGUUUGACCCAUUCCUGCCGGGUCACUGAGCCAGGAUGGAUGAAUCUUUUGAUUUCUAUUUUGAGUUUCAGAGAUCAGUUAUUUCUGAGUGAACACAAGAAGGUGGACCUGGUUACAAAAGCGUAGAGGGGACAUUUUUGCUGCGAGGUCAUCAGGACUAGGCAUUUAAUGACAAAAAUGUUGUCUGUUUCAGUGUGUUGUGGAUGGUGGUUGACCUGUGAAUGCACACAACACUGCUCCUGAAACAUUUGUUUUACAAUAACGUGCAAUAUUUGUAUUAUGUUUCAUAAUGCAACUGUUUUUUGAGUGCAUUGCCUUUUUUAGUAUGCUCUUACAAGAGCCUUAUUAAAUCACUUUAUACCACA